CAUUACGCACAGGUAGAGAGAAGGGGUAGUACGGCACAGCCAGCUGGGGAUAGUUUACCUCUGAUAAGUGUUCUCUGUGUGGGCACACUGUGGAUAUUGCAUCCUCCCUGUAAUUGUAUGGCUACCACCACUCUGUUAACAAUGAGUACAGGGAUGAGUCCAGGGCAGGAGGAGCUGUUUUACACCCUGCUCAAGCCUGCGCUGACUGGGGAAAACCUGGAGAGAGACUCGACUCUGUUCGUGGGAGAGGAUAUGAAGAACUCUGCUGCCAAGAUUUUAACACAUGAAUUCAGCCAGACAAGAUUGGAAAUGGAAAAGUAUCUGACGCCACAGCCUCAGCCUUCACCAGUCCCCACUAUUCAAGAACAGAAGAAAUUCCGCAGAGACAGUGCUUCAGGGAUAGACCAGUUCUUUAAUGAGGAUGAAGGGUUACCUUAUAGCAUCAACAUGAACGUCUUCCUACCUGACUUCACACAUCUGCGGACUGGUUUGUUCAAACCCCAGAGACCGGCCAUGACCCAAAUAAAGACCGAACCUGUCGGCUCUUACAGCCAGCAGAAUGGUCCCACUAACAUGGCACAGACCCUCCCCGAAUUCACAAGUGUGUUCAACACUUCCCAGGGAACUCGUGUCAAUGGCAUCUAUAUUAAACAAGAGAUGCCUUCUCCAGAAAUUCCUCAGCAGGGUCACUUGUUUCAUAGUAAUGCCCACCUGCCUUCUGCGAUGUCUGAUUUGAAUGAUCUUCAUUUAGCCAGCCAACAGACUCCCGUAAAACAAUUUCACUGCAUGCCUGAUGACACCUUUACAGUUCCAACGCACUUUCUUCAUCAACAGCAACAUCAGAUAAAACAGCAUCAUGCAUCCUAUUUCCCCCCCUCCCCUCCAAGCUCGGAGCCAGGCAGCCCCGACAGGCAGACAGCAUUGUUACAGAAUUUCUCUCCUCCUCCUUCCUACGCUGCAAGCAUCGCUUCCAAGCUGGGGGUCCAGAAUCCCAAUGUCUCUCCAGCAAUGCAAAUAACCCCGCAGUCCAUGCCAGUCCGGUUUAACCGCAGGACCAACCCAGACUUGGAAAAGAGGCGCAUCCAUCAUUGUGACUUCCAAGGUUGCACAAAGGUGUACACUAAGUCUUCUCACUUAAAAGCCCACUUGAGAACUCAUACUGGUGAAAAGCCAUAUAAAUGCCUGUGGGAAGGCUGUGACUGGCGGUUUGCCCGCUCCGAUGAGCUCACACGUCACUUCAGGAAACACACCGGGGCAAAGCCAUUCCAGUGUGCAGUGUGCAGCCGCAGCUUCUCCCGCUCCGACCACCUGGCUCUGCACAUGAAGAGGCACCAGAAUUAGACUCCCUGAGGACGGGCAACUCGGAUUGUCCAGUGUUUGUUACCAAUAUAUACUUUUUUGAUAUGUCGCUGCCACAGCUAUAUUUGAUGAUACAUUUUCUCACUAAGCUUUUUUAUGGGGGAGGGGGGGUUGUGACUUGAACUUUAUUUUUGUAUAGUUUGAAUGCAGCAUGGAGGAACUAAGGAAAAGCGUGGUUAGAUGGAAGGUUUUGUAGAAGUCUUCUUUUGUGGUAUUGAUGCAAAAGCAAAUGGGAAUGACAAAAGCUGGUGCUCGCUACAAAGUUUAUUUACAUCUCACAAAAACACAGCUUUAUAUACUGUACCUUUUGAGUUGUUUUGACCAAAGCACUGUUGACUGUAGUGGCAGUUUAGUAAAUACAUUGGAGGUCAGAGAAACGUGCAAUGGAAAGGACAAUAACCUUUAGGUACUGUAGAAAGUUUAUGUAACCAAAGAACAAAGCUCAGAUACUACUUGAAAUUGCAUAACUUAAUUUCUAUUUUUUUAAUUGGUUCUUAUCUCAUAGGAAGGACACAUAUUAGUAUUACUAGAAAUGUCUUGGUGGUCAUGGUUUUUAUUUAAAAACUUAUGCUAAGCUUUUGUUAAAGGACUUUUGCUACCAUACUGUUCAUGCAAAACUGUAAGAGUCCCACAAAAUACAUAUUUAGGUAUAACGGUGAUUUGUUCCUUGUUGGUCUGACAUGUCACUAUAGGCAGUCCUCCCACUUACGACAGAAUUGGUUCCUGGUUCGUGUUGUAAGUGGAAGUGCCGUAGGUCGACGCACAUUUUCCCCAUAGGAACAAUGAUAUAAAUUGGGGUUACGUUCAAGACUCUUUGGCCAGAUAAUAUAUCUUUACAAAAAUAACCCGUUAUAUUGUACUCAUGCAAAUAUUUAUUUAAUUCUUUACACUAUAUUACUCAGGCAUCUAUACGGCUUGUUUAAAAGAACAGACUAGGGGCUUUCCAAUGACGUAUUUAUUCAGUGGGCGUAUGCGGUACUCCUAGCCAGAACUACGAUCGUCUGAAGUUAUGUGACAGAGUUCACAGCUUAGGUUUCAUUUUGAGUCCAUUGCUCUUAUCAGACAUUGUUUUUUUUUUUUUUAUUAU